ACAGUGACGACGCCGUUUCAUCUCUGUGACACAACUUUCCAUUGGGCCACAAUGUCUCAGUCCUUGUCCUGGACGACAAUGAUGGAGUUCGGUGGAACCUUGGUGGUUUUGCCUUUGCAAUAACUUAUUCAUUCUUGAUUUCUUUAUACAAACUUCAAAAUUUCCAUGUUAUCCUCAAAAUUCUUCACUGUUCUUGUAGAUUCCUUUCUGGGUUUUUCAUCUCUACCCUUUUGACUCUUCAGCCUCAACUUUUGAACCUCCAACCAACUUUGUAUCAAAUCCCAGUUUCCUUUCUGGGUUUGUAGUUUCAUCAAAGCAUGAUCUUGGGUUUCUGUUUUGUUUUUGUUUUUGUGUUUUUCUUCAAGUUGUUCUACUACAUGCUUUGAUUUCAAUCUUUUUUUUUUCUUCAACAUAGUGUCUCAUUCUUUAUAUGGCUGGUUUUGUUUGUGGAUUUUGAUAUCUGGGUCGGUGAAAAGUUUCAAUUUUGCUUGGUGGGUAUCUUGUGUACUUGUGAGGGUCAUUUGCUCCUUCUGAGUUCUUCAGGGCAAGAUGGCUUUGCCGGAAAUUCAUUCUUGGACUUUAGGGGGAUUGGUUGGAGCUUUUGUUGAUCUUGCUAUAGCUUAUUUCUUGCUAUGUGGAUCUGCUUUUGCUUUCUUUGCUUACAAAUUGUGCAUGUUUUUUGGACUUUUCUUGCCUUGCCCAUGCAAGGGGAGUUUUGGGUAUAGGAAUAGCAAUUUCUGUGUGCAUAAAAUGCUGUUUGAGUGGCCUUCAAGGAAGAUAUGCUCAAUUCAAGUGAUGGCUGUGAGAAGGUUUCCUUUUGAUGUUUUGUGGUUGAAGGGUCAUUCAUGCAAUGCCAAUGAUAAAAUGGUUGCCCAGAAAAUGUUUGAUAAUAGGCUUGUUGAAUUGGAAGAUGAGGCAUCCUGCAGUUCAUAUGCAAGCCCAAGAUUGGUUUCCUUAGAAAAGGAGAAUGGUUAUGAUGCUAAGGGAAAGAGGGUCAUGAGUCUGAAACGAAGAUCCGGGAUUCGGCGCAGGAGGAGGAGUGGUUAUGAUUGUGGGAAAAUCUCUUCGGUUGUUCCUUCUGAUAGUCUUCAAUCUGAUGUUGCCGUCACUUCCUGUUUGCCAUGUGAUGGCAGUAUAAUCAGAGAUAGAACCAGUGAAAGAAUAUAUCCUGCUUCAGGGAAAGAAGUUAGUGUACACUACGUUGAAGAUGCCCAAAGUGGUCAUGAUUUGGAUGAAAAGACCUGUCACAGUUAUGAAUUUAAUGGAUCAAUAGUUGAUAGUCCAGAACAGGACAAAUAUUCAUCCUCAUUGGAACACUACAUGAGUAAUAUGCAAGACAAUUUCCAGAUUAUUGGAAAUGAAGGGGACCGUAUCAAGAUGUUGGAAAAUGCACUUAAAGAAGAGAAAGCUGCCUAUGCUGCUCUAUACCAAGAGCUAGAGAAGGAGAGAGCUGCAUCUGCUAGUGCUGCUGAUGAAGCCAUGGCUAUGAUAUCGCGUCUGCAAGAGGAGAAGGCAUCCAUGGAAAUGGAAAUGAGGCAAUACCAGAGGAUGAUAGAAGAAAGAGAUGCUUAUGAGGAAGAAGAGAUGAAUAUUCUUCAAGAGAUCCUUAUAAGAAGGGAAAGGGAGUAUCACUCUCUGGAAAAGGAACUUGAAUCUUAUAGGCAGACAAAUUCGAAUGGAAGGGAUGGCAGGACGAAGUUGCAGCUCGAUGGACAAAGGCUACCAAUUUCAGUUGAAAGAUAUGAAGAUCCACCACAGAUUGAAAGCACCAUAUCAAUUGUUAAGAAAGAUGAAAUAGUAAACAUUUCAUCAAAUUACAUGGUUGCUGAGGAUUAUAUCAAUACAGAAGAUGGAGAAGAGCUGGAGAAAAACACAGAGCGCAAGGGUCAAGGGCAUGAAGAUCUGCAUAGUUGCUUUUAUGAUACUGAACCUGAUGUACUUGAUGUCCAUGUUGUUGAUGACAACAUAGAACUUAGGGAAGAGGAAAAUGAAAAGUUACGUAGUUAUUCAUCUGGUACUCUUUCAAAUGAACAUGAUGUGAGUAUUGAUGGUCCAGCUAGUCAGUUAUCUAUGUUCUCUAACUCAAGAUGCAAAACUUUGCCUUCUGAUUCUGGAAGUGAUUCUUCAUGUGCAGUUCAUAAUGAAAAGUUAAAGAUUGACAAUGAGAUUGAAAUUCUCGGAGAAAGGCUAAGGAUGGUAAAACAUGAAAAAGAAAAAUUAACUUUUUUCGCGGAGAACAGAGAAAGUGAAAAAGAUCGUUUGAAGCUUCUGGAGGAGAUACCGAACCAUGUUCAACAAAUUAAACAGUUAAGGAACCCUGUACGUGGGACUUCCUUGCCCCCUUCAUCAGCAAAGGCAAGCUUGAAGAAAAGUGCGUCUUGGGAGACAUGUGAAAGCUGCUAAAUCAUGUAGAGUUGCACGUUUUCAACUGUCAUAAGCUUUGUCCUUGGCAACUUGUAAAUGGAAAAUACCUCUGGUAGCCUCUAGAAAUUCACCACCAUUUCCUUUACCUUGGUACAUGUUUUAGUUAUCUAAAUAAACCUUAUCAUAGUCCACUAGGUUCAAUAUGUAGUCAAAGCAGUUUUGAAGCCUUGAAGGUACAUGGGUUAUGAUGUGUGUUUGCCUUAGUGGGAUAUGGCACAUGGGUUAUGAACUGUAAGUAACUGCAUAUCCUUUUCCUCCAUGUUCUUGUAGCUUGAGGUAUCGUGUCUAUAUUUGAUAGAGAACAGCUUAUAAAUGAAAUUAUUGCUUCCAAAUUC